CCACAGGCGCACCAAGAAAACAUCAGAGAACUACACACCUAGGUCUAGUUCUUAUCGCUGGCUGCUUCCAUUCGAUCUUCAUUUGUGGACAUUUAGGCGGAAAAUCAACAAUGAAGUUUCAGUACAAAGAAGAGCACCCCUUUGAGAAGAGGCGGUCAGAGGGAGAGAAAAUCAGGAAGAAGUAUCCUGACAGGGUUCCUGUGAUUGUGGAAAAGGCCCCAAAGGCCAGGAUAGGUGAUUUGGACAAGAAGAAAUACCUUGUUCCCUCUGAUCUCACAGUGGGCCAGUUCUACUUCCUCAUCCGGAAAAGAAUUCACCUGAGAGCUGAGGACGCUCUUUUCUUCUUUGUAAACAACGUCAUUCCCCCCACCUCCGCCACCAUGGGGCUGCUGUAUCAGGAGCACCACGAGGAGGACUUCUUCCUGUACAUUGCAUACAGUGACGAAAGUGUCUACGGAGACAGCCAAAGGGAAAUUUAACCCCCACUCCUCUCUGCCCCUUCCACCCCUCUCCUCCUCCUCCUCCUCCUCCGUUUCCCUUUCUCCAUCUGUUCCUCUCUCACUCCUUCUCUUUUCUUCUCUUUUCUUCUCCUCUCUUCUCUUCCAUCCAUUUAAAGCUAUAUAUAUAAAUAUAUAUAAACCCAGAUCGGCAGCCUAGAGUUCCCCUGAGCAUAAAAGCUGAUGCACUUUUUUGAUUUCUUCCCAGUACGGCAUCUCUCUCUCUCUCUUUUCUUUUUUAAUUGCAUCUCUUUUGUUCUGCUGUUAGUCUGACUGUUACUCUUCGACUCUCCUCUGUACCAUUGGCCAGUGUGAGCAAUGAUUGUGAGUAUUGCAGAGAAUUGAGCAUCACGCAGAGCUGCGUACGUGACAUGGCUAUAUUUAUGAUGUUGGGGAAAAUAUUUAAGUCAAAGGUGGAGGAAAAAACCCUGGGGGGAGGGGGAAAGGGAUCAUAGGUGUGUUCUUUUGCACAAGGUGAAUGGUCAAAAACUUUUAACAGGCAUGUAGAGUUAUUUGACGAGUAAGUCUCUGAAAUUUUAGAUGAAAGUAAUUUAAUUCCCUGUUAGGCAGGUUUCUCGUUGUGUUCUAGGCUUUUAGGAAAUCAUGGUAAAAAAAGAGGGUGAAAUUCAGACGAAGCAGUCCUGGGUCUUUUGUUUCUGCUCUGCGAUGUGAUCAUGAUUUUUAAUAAAAUUGUUAAAUAUUGUAUCUUAGUGGAUUUAGCGAAGUUGAUUUAUGAAGAGUUUUCGUAAGCUGCAUUGAUUUAUGCUUUUUGUUUUAAACAGGACAACGUUUUUUUUCUUAUCGUUUUGGUUCUGUGAGUUUUUAUUUUUAUUUGAUUUGAACUCUGUAUACAGCUGCAUUACUGGUACCUUUCAUUCAUAACAAUAUAAACUACUCUAAAAGACUGCA